AUGAAGACUUUCCAGGCCUUUUCCUACGCUCUACUUGCUACUGCAGCAAGUGCUUACAAUCUGCAUUUCCUUCUUGGCACACAAUGCAAUGGAGAAAACCUUGACAAUCUCAUUGGCAAUGAUGCGAUUAAGGCUACGUUGAAUAGUGAAGGAUGCUCUACCUUCGGCGUUACUAGCAAUGCCCAGUCAAUUGAAAUUGAGGAAGAGAGUGGUGAUGAUGGCAAAGGUUUCUCAUUCUGGCUAGAUGAUGGAUGUGCCGAACCUUACGAACAAUUGACUGAAGGUUGUAUUAACAUUGUUGGCGAUCUUUCAGUGGGAUCUUGGUCAUUGGGUAAAGCCAACUAA